UAGAACUUUGACCAAAGAUUAUUAGAGUUGAAGAAAGAUAAGCCCUUUGCUUGCAGCUUUCGGCUUUCUUUCUUUCCUUCUUUGUUGAAUCCUCUUUAAAAAAUCUCUUAACCUUAAACAAAGCUUCAAACUUUCUUUAUUAAUCCUAAUAAAAUCAACAUAAUCCGUACUCAGCAACAUAAAGAAACAAAGUAAAAGCAUUUUUCUUUAUAUAACUCUCUCUCUCUCUCUCUCUCUAUUUGUCUCUGUCAGCCUGCCCCCUGCCCCAAUUGUCGAAAUCCAUCCCUUCUACUCCAUUAACCUCACCAGACCCCUCUUAUCGUUUCUGGGUCUGCUUAAAUACGUGAUCGUACAAAUGCUGUGGGUGGCAAGUACAAAUAAGAAGCCGUUUUGAUAUUGAUUCAUGCAUCUUCUAUGCUGUCAACUUUCUACACAAUAUGGGCUUACUUUGCAGCAAGAACCGCCACUAUGCAGAAGCGGAUAUUGAGGAGAAUGCACAGGCUGCUGAAAUCGAAAGGAGAAUCGAACAAGAAACAAAGGCUGAAAAGCAUAUCCAGAAGCUUCUACUUCUUGGUGCUGGUGAAUCAGGGAAGUCGACAAUUUUUAAGCAGAUAAAGCUUCUUUUCCAAACCGGCUUUGACGAGGCAGAGCUAAAGAGCUAUGUAUCAGUCAUCGAUGCCAAUAUCUAUCAGACUAUAAAAAUUCUAUAUGAUGGAUCGAAGGAAUUUGCUCAUAAUGAUGUCAAUUCUUCCAAAUAUGUUUUAUCCAGUGAAAAUAAGGUUAUUGGAGAGAAACUAUCGGAAAUUGGAAGCAGGUUGGAUUACCCACGUCUAAAUAGAGAACUCGCAGAGGAGAUAGGAGAGCUAUGGAAAGAUUCUGCAAUUCAAGAGACGUAUGCUCGCGGUAUUGAGCUUCAAGUUCCCGAUUGUACUCAUUAUUUCAUGGAAAAUUUGCAAAGAUUGUCGGAUGCAAAUUAUGUCCCAACAAAGGAGGAUGUUCUAUAUGCAAGAGUUCGUACAACUGGUGUUGUCGAAAUCCAGUUCAGCCCUGUAGGGGAGAAUAAGAAAAGCGGUGAAGUAUACAGACUCUUUGAUGUGGGAGGCCAGAGAAACGAGAGAAGGAAAUGGAUCCAUCUCUUCGAGGGAGUUACAGCUGUGAUAUUUUGUGCUGCUAUUAACGAGUAUGAUCAAACUCUUUUCGAGGAUGAACAGAAGAACCGGAUGAUGGAGACAAAAGAACUCUUCGACUGGGUCUUAAAGCAACCAUGCUUCGAGAAAACGUCAUUUAUGUUGUUUCUCAACAAAUUUGACAUAUUCGAAAAGAAGGUUCUAAAGGUUCCAUUAAAUGUAUGCGAGUGGUUCAAAGACUACCAACCAGUUUCAGCCGGAAAACAAGAGAUUGAGCAUGCAUUCGAGUUUAUAAAGAAGAAAUUCGAGGAGUUGUAUUUCCAAAGCACAGCCCCCGAUCGAGUGGAUCGAGUCUUUAAGGUCUACAGAACCACUGCCCUGGACCAGAAGGUGGUGAAGAAAACGUUCAAGCUGGUGGACGAGACGUUAAGACGGAGGAAUCUGUUGGAAGCGGGGUUGCUGUGA